UGAUUUUUUUUCAUAAUGUGGGCGGGGCUAUUGUUUGUCAGCUUGGUUUCUUAGCAAUAGAGCAGAGUCCAGAUAUCCAGUGGUCCGCUGCAGUGAAACUUGGGAACGAAGAAGUGUGUAAUCGUGUACUGGAACAUCGGGAAACAGCGGAUAGAAGGCAUGGCAGCCAUAAGGAAAAAGCUGGUGAUCGUGGGAGAUGGAGCAUGUGGAAAGACCUGUCUACUAAUAGUGUUCAGUAAAGAUCAGUUCCCAGAAGUCUAUGUGCCCACUGUGUUUGAGAACUACAUUGCUGACAUUGAGGUGGAUGGCAAACAGGUGGAGCUGGCACUGUGGGACACAGCAGGUCAAGAGGACUAUGACCGCCUGAGACCACUUUCAUACCCAGACACAGAUGUCAUCCUUAUGUGCUUCUCCAUCGACAGUCCUGACAGUUUAGAGAAUAUUCCAGAGAAGUGGACACCAGAGGUGAAACACUUCUGCCCCAACGUUCCCAUUAUUUUGGUGGGGAAUAAGAAGGACCUACGGAAUGAUGAGCACACUCGGAGAGAGUUGGCUAAGAUGAAACAGGAGCCCGUUAAACCAGAGGAAGGACGGGACAUGGCCAACCGCAUUAGUGCCUUUGGUUACCUGGAGUGCUCAGCCAAGACCAAGGACGGGGUGAGGGAAGUGUUUGAAAUGGCCACAAGGGCAGCGCUGCAAGUGCGGAAGAGGAAAAAGAGGAGUGGCUGCUUGAUCUUGUGAGGGGAUUUGUGGAGUCCAGCAGAAGCAUCUGCCGAUGUCUAGAAAUAUAUGGAAUUCAACGGCCCAUGAAAGAACAUUUGAUUUGUAACCAAACAGCAUCUGUGUACUGUACUGAAUAUCGCAUAUGCAUCAAAAGGACCAAGACUGACAGUAAUAUAGGCUGGUGCAAGAUGAUAUAUUUAGUUUUAUUUGCCUGUAACACUUGUUACAGAGUGAGAUUUGCACCUGAAUAAGAUCUAACUAUGCUGUAUUAUUUGUUCAUGUUUCAACACUGCCCUGAUCGUAGCUGUUAUUUCUAGAUGUGACAUCUGAACGUUUUAUUUGAACUGCUCACAGACUUGUUAGAAGUGAUUAAUUAACAAAGCAUUGUGUGUUCAUGCAGUGAUUUGAAUGUAAUUUACAUAGUUUAUUUGAGCUUCUCUGAAAUGUUAAUUGACCUUUUUUUCCUGCUAAUGGGUAUGUUGGCCAAACUAUACACCUAAAUAACAUUCAGUGAUUGGUGCUAUUAUAGCAUGUGACAUUGGUAUUCCCCAGUCAGUCAGUCAGACAGGUACAGGAUGCACAAAUUUCCAUCAUGGUGCCACUGAUGUACCUACACUGGAUAUAGACUGACGUAUACCAUAGCUGCUGCUCUGAUCUGCGAAGCAGUAGCCAAGAUUGCAUUCUACUGUACUCAGAUCAGUAUGCAAAGAGGCAGUGUGUAACCAGUCAAACAAACAGGAGAACCCAAAGGCUGCCAUAAAUAUUUAAUCAGAUUAAAACGGUCUCUUUGGGCACACUUUGAAAUUUCAAAGCAUCCAAACAUAUACGCAUAAGAUAAAUGGUUUUUCUGUUUGUUUUGAGUGUGUCUUACACACAUCUACACACUUCCUAUUGACCUCUGUGCCUUCAGUUGCUUUUUGAGUUUUCACCGUGGGUAAAGCACUGAAUGUAUUAUUGGAAUCGGUGUUAUAUUAUUAGAAGUGGUGUUAUUAUAUAGUCUUGCAUGCCGGUCACAUUGGUGUUGGUCUGAAUCCUCUGUACUGUCGUCCAUUUUUGUUUGUUUGUUUUUUCUUGCUUGCACCAAGAUCCCAUAUCAAUAGUUUACACUACUGCCCCCUUCAGGUGAUGAGUUAUUAAAAAUCUGUCAAAUAUCACAGCACUGUCUUAAUGCUAAAGUUUCAACUCACUGCUGUUUGUGUUCCUGCACUCUUACAGUAACAUGUAUGUACUGUAUAGUAGAUAUUCAAAAUAACAACUUUAUUAACUAAAAUAGGAAACUGCUCUUCAUUUGUAGUAUCUAGUUUUAGUUGGCUAAAGAAUAUAAAAAGUACAAACCAAGUAUAUAAUGUGUGGUAAAGUUCUGAAGUAAGAACUUGCCGGAGGUGUAAGAUAGCUCGAUGUCUCGCUCAGUAAUUAAGACAUCAUACAAUUAAUACAGCACAAAAAAAUAAAAGAGCACAAUAUCUACA